CUGGAGCAAACAAACCAUAGUCAAGUGACGCCUCCACAAUCUCCCUCUAGCAUUGUCUAGACUAGAGCAAGGCUAUCGUGAUAUCAACUUGGCCUUGACUUUGAACGAUUCAUCUCAUGUUGCCAUUGUGCUAGAGUGGAUGGCCAUACUGAUGCCAUGGCUCAACUCUUUUUUGGCUGCCCUUCUUGCCCUGAUUCCUGCCGCGUUCGCGCAGUUUCCUCCCCCGUUCUCUGACGACACAACUAUCAUCCUCGAGUCUCCCAUCAACCCCAAUGUCACCGUCAGAUACACCCUUGUCCAUCCUAGCACCUGCGCCACAGUAUUCAGCACCCAGAAACAAUAUUCGGGCUAUGUGACCUUGCCUCCCAGUCUCCUGGAUCCGACCCAAGGCAACUAUCCCACCAACACCUUCUUCUGGUUCUUCGAGGCAAGGCAGCAGCCCGAAUCUGCCCCCCUCACCCUCUUCAUCAAUGGGGGUCCUGGUUCAAGUAGCAUGGUCGGCCUGUUCCAAGAGGUGGGCCCUUGCAAAGUCGUCGAAUUUUCCCACACCGUGCUAGGCACCACGCCUCGCGACUGGGGGUGGGAUAGGAGCAGCAAUAUCCUUUUCAUCGACCAGCCUGUCCAGGUUGGCUUCUCCUACGACACUCCUACGAAUUCUUCUUUCAAUUUACUUGAUAACUCCCGUGUGACACCACCUACAGACCCUCCACCUACUCAGCCUCUGUACACCUUUCUCAACGGGACUUUUGCCUCCGGGAACCCAGCUUUCACCGCAAACACAUCUCAAAUUGCCGCUCAAUCUAUUUGGCACUUCUUACAGACCUUCUUGACCGUCUUCCCUGACUACAAUACUGCUCUCCGCCCUCAAGGAACCAAAGCUACCGCAGAAAUUCACCUUUUCACAGAGAGUUAUGGAGGAAAAUAUGGACCGGCCAUUGGCUCCUUUUUCAAAAUACAAAACGAUCGUCGGACCUACGAUGCAGACUUUGCCGGCCGCACUAUUGAGAUUACAUUGAAAUCGCUGGGUAUAAUCAAUGGGUGGAUCGAUCUGAUUGAGCAAGCCCCUUAUCAUCCAAGGUUUGCGUACCAAAAUACAUAUGGCAUUCAGGCCAUCAGUCAACUCCAACAGCUCAAUGCCCUCAGCGCCUUUUCUGGAACGGACGGAUGCCGCCAACUGACGACUCACUGCCGUGCUGAACAAACAAGCCUUGACCCCAACGGAGAUGGAAAUGUCGAUCUAGUCAACCAGGUGUGUUCACGGGCACAGUUCGACUGUCAGACUCGUGUUGUCGGGCCCUACACCGUUUCUAAUAGGUCAAUCUAUGACAUCACUCAAAACAGGUUUGACCCGUUUCCUGACUCCCUUUAUCUCGAAUAUCUCAAUCAGCUCCCGGUCCAGCAAGCCAUCGGAGUUCCGGUGAACUAUACGCAAGACUCUUCAACUGUCUUCAACGCUUUCAACGCCACAGGCGACUAUGCACGAGAUGGGCAUGUCCAGGCCUUGGCCGAUCUCCUCCAAUCUGGCACUCACGUUGCUCUCAUCUAUGGUGACCGCGACUACAUCUGCAAUUGGCUCGGAGGCGAGGCAGUGUCGUUCGCAGUCGCAGCAGCAGCAGCUGCUGCUACUGCCUCUAAUUACGGGGAGUGGUACUCGGCCGGCUAUGCACCCAUUGUAGCCAACGAGACCUAUGUUGGUGGGGUGGUGCGACAGUACGGAAAUCUCAGCUUCAGCCGAAUCUACGACGCAGGACAUCUUGUGCCGGCCUAUCAGCCAGAGACGGCCUUCACUGUCUUCUCGCGGAUCAUCGAAGGUACGGACAUUAGCACUGGCAACAUUGUCGAUCUGUCCACUUACCGCUCUGAUGGUGACGCCAACUCCACCCAUGAAAACGUUCCGCCUCCAAUGGCGGAACCCACAUGUCAUAUUCGAGCCAUGGGCGCAACGUGCAAUACUGACCAAAGAGACAUGGUCAUCCACCAUGACGGGGUCAUCAUCAAUGGCGUGCUCUACAAACAAUCGGCGGAUUGGCCAGGAGGAAGUCCGCCGCCAACAUCACAUGGAGUAGACCCUGUGACACCACCACCCAGCAGCAUAUCCAGUGUAUCCAGGCCCAUGACCACCUACAUGAACAGCAGUAGCAGUAUCGCCCACACUAAUCACUCUCAGUAUUCACCCAUACCUACGACGAGAUCGGCGUGGACAUCUGCAAGGACAUCUGCAUCUGGAAUGACCUCAGAAGUCGCGACCACAAGCUUCCCGACCGGUGUAUACACUGCAACCAGCAUUCCCACGACGACCAACGCCACGAGCACCACCACCAGCACGGGGUUCAUGGCAAAGCGGAACAUCUUCUCGCACAUAAUGUCCAUAAUUGUUCGGACGUCAAUUUCGACCGAAAUGGCAUGUGUGCUGGGGCUGGUGUAUUUGGCGGUGUGUUGGUCUGUCUCCUGAGCGUGGCCGACCUCGUGACUGUUCGCAUCUCCGACACUAUUGAAUGUAGUGCUAAAAUCACAUUGCUCUUAGACGGUCCAACACGCUGCGUCAGGAGGCAUGGUACAUGUUGCACACCAGUCUUGAACACGGCCUUGAAUACAACGAAAUAUUGUGCGAGGUGGAGCGGGGCGAUGGCAUGUGGCUUGAAGAAGAGGC